GCUGCAAGCGGCGCAUCCGCGCAUCCAGGCAGCUACAUCGGAAGUGCAAAGCGUGACGGCAUUUUGCAUUUCUCCGUAUAUCCGAGAAGGAGGGGCUUCCUUCCUUCCUUCCUGGCCGGCUUGGCCCUCUUUCCGCCAUGCCCAAAGUGGUGUCCCGCUCCUUGGCUUGCUCGGAUACGCGCGACCGCGAGGAGUACGGCGAGGGCGAGAAGCCCCUGCAUGUCUAUUACUGCCUGUGCGGGCAGAUGGUGCUGGUGCUGGACUGCCCGCUGGAGAAGCUGCCCAUGAGGCCCGGGGACCGGGCGCGGGUGAUCGACGCCGCCAAGCACGUCUACAAGCUCUGCAACGCCGAGGACGAGCGCGAGUGCGCCUAUCUCCGCCGGGACGGAGGCGGCGUCGAGCAGCAGUUCAGGAAGAAGUGCGCGCAGUGCGGGCUGCUCCUCUUCUACCGGCACCAGCCCGACGGCGCGCCGGCCACCUUCGUCGUCGACGGGGCCCUGGUCGAGUUCGGGCAGGGCUGGUCCCAGAAGCAGCAGCCGCCGCCUCCUCCCGAGAAAGUGAUGGUGACCCGUCGGACGAAGGACAUGGGCAAGUGCGGCUCGGUCACCGUCUCCACCGUCGACGAGGAGGAAGAGGAGAUCCAAGCGAGGGAAGUGGCCGAUUCGUACGCGCAGAACGCGCGGGUGAUCCAGAAGCAGCUGCGGAGGAAGGGCGCUUGCAAGAGGCGGCUGCAGGAAGUGGCCGAGCCGGGAGGCAAGAAGGCCAAAGUGAAGGGGACUCUGAUCGACCAGCAGUUCAAAUAAGAAACGUCCAGAGAGAGGGAUGUGUCGUUUCUU